GCCAGCCCCGCCAAAACUUUCAGCGAGUUCCGCCCACUCCACGUGGACCUCCCUUCCCUGGCCCAGCAACCUCUGCGAGGACCCCACCCCCAACACGUGACCAAUUGUUAUAUUUCCUUCUUGGGGUCCUUUUUCGCUGGCACCAACUAACGACUGAACAAAAGUGCCCCCUUCAGGGUGAAUGUGGAGCAGCAGCCUGGGGAGGAGAGGAAAGUUGACUGAGGACUGGAGUACAAUAGGGGAACGUGACUGCCUCUGCUUAAAAUGAUUUCAAAACCAUAACUCCCUGGUUAAUAACUUUAAGGAUCAUACAAUUAAAAGAUGAGGCAGCUUUUCCGGUAAGCGGCCUGAGGUGACCUCUAAAAAUGGUUCGCUAUUCACUCGACCCAGAAAACUCCACAAAAUCAUGCAAGUCAAGAGGUUCAAAUCUUCGUGUUCGCUUUAAGAACACUCGUGAAACUGCCCAGGCCAUUAAGGGUAUGCAUAUCCGAAAAGCCACCAAGUAUCUGAAGGAUGUCACCUUAAAGAAGCAAUGUGUGCCAUUCCGUCGUUACAGUGGUGGAGUUGGUAGGUGUGCCCAGGCCAAACAGUGGGGCUGGACGCAGGGUCGGUGGCCCAAAAAGAGUGCUGAAUUUUUACUGCACAUGCUCAAAAAUGCAGAGAGUAAUGCUGAACUUAAGGGCUUAGAUGUAGAUUCCCUGGUCAUUGAGCAUAUCCAGGUGAACAAAGCCCCCAAGAUGCGGCUCAGGACUUACAGAGCUCAUGGUCGGAUCAACCCAUACAUGAGCUCUCCCUGCCACAUUGAGAUGAUCCAUACUGAAAAAGAACAGAUUGCUCCUAAACCAGAAGAGGAGGUUGCCCAGAAGAAAAAGAUAUCCCAGAAGAAAUCGAAGAAACAAAAACUUAUGGCCCGGGAAUAAAUGCUGCAAAAAAAUAAAUGCAAA